AUGGACCCAGUUUCUAACGAUAGGCGGUCUCGUUCACAAGAGCGCGAAGCCGAUUAUAGAUACCAAAGUUAUGAUAGGGAAAGAGCUCGAACUGCGCGAAGCCCUAAUAGGCAUCCACCGGAACGUCGACAUAAUGGUCGCUCUCCGGCGCGUCAACAUCGGAGAGAAAGUCCCACUUACGAAGACUAUGACGGCUAUCAUCGUACGAGACGGGAUUCUGAACGGUUAGAACGUCGAGAUUUCGAACCCCGGAAACGACAUUUUGAUCUAGAUUCCAGAAGAGGCGAAAUGGCAAGAAAUAUUGAGCAACGUAAACGGAUUCGUCAGGAAAGUACAUUUUCCAUUUGGCCGCCUUCGCCCGAGGAGCCUUCAAGAUUAGAAAAAUCCACUCAUGUGAGACGCUCUCUUAGCAUCAGCGAUUCAGAGAGUCUCUCAGAUUCGACCGCAGAUUCAGAACAUGAAGAUAGAUCGAGGAAGUCCCGAAAGCGUCGCACUCGUUCUGUUAGUUCAGAGGAAGACAAUGAUUCCACGGAAAGUGAAAGUCAAAAAUCCAAUGAAAGAAAGAAUAAACACAAAAGAUUAGACGAAGCGGAUGCCGUGGAACUUGACGAGAGAAAGUUGGAACAGAUGGAAGAACUUUGGGUAGAAAAAAAAGUUGAGCUACCCGAGGAUUUGUUAAAUGUCGGUCCCGUGCCUCUCUCGAUGAACGAAAACAAACUCGGAGAGAGAGAUUAUGGUGGAGCUUUAUUAGCUGGCGAAGGUUCAGCUAUGGCAGCAUAUGUACAGGAGGGCAAACGUAUUCCGCGACGUGGUGAAAUCGGUCUUACCAGUAAUGAAAUUCAAUCCUUCGAAGAUGUAGGCUAUGUCAUGAGUGGAAGCCGCCAAGAAGAAAAGGCCAAAAAAGAGAACAAGAUUAUUUCAGAUUUCAGAGAAUUGGUAGCAGAAAAAAUGAAAGGGAAACAAUAA